GAAUCACACGUGUGCUUCCUUCAAAUGGAAAAACAACACUGAGUUUUUUCUCUCUCUCUCUCUUUACGAUUGAGCUGUGAAUUUGGAGAAGAGGAAUUACACUAGAGGCAUUUCGAGGUUUGGCUAUCUGAAGUUCUUGAUUUCUCCUCCCGUUCAACUGACGGGUACCAAUUUCCUCACAAUUUAGACCACGACAUUCGAAGUGCUGCAAUCAUGGAACGAAGCGGUGACAACCGUACUGUGCCGGCGGAGCACUCUUCACCUCCUCCGCCUAAUUCUUCAGGCAGGCGUCCGCACCGUCACGAGAGACAACGCAGCAGAAAAAAACGAAAGGUCAUAUCUUCAGAAACUGAAACCCGUAUCCAAAUCCAAACCCUAAGACCCAGUUCUUAUACGCAUAGGCGUACGAAUUCGUAUGUUCAAAAGCAAGGCAAUAGCCGUAAGAAGCCACGCAAGCCUCAGUGUCAACGCAAGUGGACAUACUCCACUCAUGAUGUCUCUAAUUACAAUGAUAGGUUUGUUAUUGUAUCAUAUAACAUACUUGGCGUUGAAAAUGCGACAAAGCAUCCAGAAUUGUAUAGGGGGGUGUCGCCAAAGUAUUUGGAUUGGGGCCACAGGAAGAAGCUUUUGUGCAAGGAAGUCAAGGAUUACCAAGCCAGUAUCUUGUGUUUUCAGGAAGUAGAUCACUUCAAUGAUUUGAAAGAGAUUCUUGGAAGCGAUGGCUUCAGAGGUCUGCACAAGGCUCGUUCUGGUGAAACACGUGAUGGAUGUGCCAUAUUUUGGAAAACAGAGCAAUUUACUCUGUUGCAUGAAGAGAGCAUAGAGUUCCAGAGGUUUGGACUUCGUAACAAUGUUGCUCAAUUUUGUGUUUUGAAGAUGAAUCAAGACCUGCCCAGCACUGGUGUAACUGCACGGCCUCCGUGCCCCUCUACCAGUCGGAAUUUCCUGGUUGGAAACAUACAUGUCCUCUAUAACCCUAAACGUGGAGAUAUCAAACUGGGCCAGAUGCGAAUAUUUCUUGAGAAGGCCUAUGAAUUAUCACAAGAAUGGGGAUGCAUACCGGUUGUCAUUACUGGGGACCUAAAUAGCUUACCACAGAGUGCAAUGUAUCAGUUUUUGGCAUCAUCAAAGCUGCAUAUCCAACAAUAUGAUCGUAGACAUGUGUCUGGCCAGAUAUUUCCAUCUGAAUAUGCAGAAUCACAAUCUCGGCGUAAUCGUAUAACAAGACCUUUAAUGAAUAGAUGGACCAAUGAAGAGAUAAUGCUUGCUACUGGAUCAAGACUUAGUGUGCUGAGGCAUCAUUUGAAGCUCUGCAGUGCCUAUGCUGGAGUUCCUGGAACCCCAGAAGUCAGAGAUAAAAUUGGUGAACCUCUAACAACAUCCUAUCAUUGUUUAUUUACUGGAACUGUUGAUUACAUAUGGCAUACCUCGGACCUUGUUCCAGUGAGGGUUCUUGAAACUUUGCCUAUUUGCAGUUUAAAGAAGACAGGAGGGCUUCCAUGUAAGAAAUGGGGUAGUGACCAUCUUGCCGUUGCAUGUGAACUUGCUUUUGCUGAUGAGGGUGAUUAGGCUUGAGUCUUGACCUACAAUACAACCGGCUUAUAUCGUGCAAAGUUUUGCUCUAUACAGGGUAUAACUACGGUUAGGUACACACCAAAAUUUCAAAUAUGGUCGUCACUGACCUUGAUUCUUAAGACUGAUUAUUUGAAGUUAUGCGAGUGACAUCUUAAUUCAGGAAUCACUACUGGUGUGAUGUUAGACCUGGAAACAGACAAAGCCAAACCAUCUUGGCCUCACUUCCGGCCAUACGGUGGUAGCAUAGUGUAAUCUCAGCUGUUGUAUGUGCUUUCUUUUUCCUUCCCCAACUCAUUUAUUAACCUGUUAUUCCCUUCUUUUCUUUCUGCUUUCUUGAGUUUGAAAAUUUAAUGAACUUUUUGUUGUUCGAAGAUAGUGAUUUUUCACAUCAGAAAGCAAUCAACGAUUAAACUAUGGUGCAUUCUCGAAUCUAUGUACUGUAGUUGAUUUCUUUGACGGGCUAACUUUGGCUUCUUUUAUUGCCUUCGAUAUGUUUGUUCACUGGUUUGAUCCGAAUGUCUAUAGAGAGACAUCAGUUGCUGCGUCAGAAAUGUGAUUUGAUUUCCUGUGAAGAGAGCGACGGGGAGAAUGGCAAAUUGCUUCAAUGUUUAUAAUGCACGACGCUUUAAAAAAAAGUUAUCCCAGAUAGGACGACACCGAUAUGGCUCCAACACGUACCAAGAGUUUUGUUUUCUAUUUUAUUCAAUGAGAGCAAGAUGCUUGUAUAUUUCUACCUAAUCACAGAGGAUGUCACUCUAAUUUAUCCUUUUAAUUAUUAUACAAAACUGUAGACAUAAUUAUCCCUAAAACAUUUUUGUUUGCC